GGUUAGCAGCGACACUGGCCAAGCUAACAACUGUACUGUUAGUACGAUCGCUAACUUAAGUUAUGAUCAAUUAAUUAAAUAUAAUUUGGGUUUAUGAAGCAACAGGAGUAAGUACUGGUUUUUUUAUAUUUUGUGUACGUUCUGGAGCCAUCGUGGGAUGCUUAGUUGUAGUUAUAUACGCAAACAAUGACGGAAAUAAGCUGAUUCAGUCCUGUUUUUCCUACUCACUGACCGCAAAACAUUAACAGAUGCCAUCAAGAAACCAUCUUGAGAAAGUUGGAAGAAAGAAGAAGAAGAAAUGGACAGAGGAGGCUAUGGAACGUGCAUUGAUUGAGGUGAAGUCUCAUAGAUGCACUGUAAGACAGGCUGCAAAGCAGUUUGGCGUCCCAAAGUCAUCCCUGGGUGACCGGGUCAGUGGACGAGUGACACCGGGUAGCCGCAGCGGGCCUGCUCAGCUUAUAACAUCCUCUGAUGAGGAACUGUUGGUGGAGUUCUCUUUAUAUAUGUCCAAGCAUGGGUUCCCACUUACUAAGCAGCAGCUGGUGUCUUUUGCAUCUUCCAUUUACAAGCGUCAACACAGGAGGGUCGCCUUUUCUAAUCUGGGCCAAACCUGGUGGCUCAAUUUUAGAAAACGACAAGAAAAGAAUAUUAGCAUUCAACUCGCUGAUGGUAUCAUCCGUGGGCGAACAGUUCAUGUCAGGAAAGAAACAGUGGAUCAUUUUUUCCACUUGUUGGAAACUGUGGUGGAAGCUCAUGCAUUGGGAGACAAGCCUCGCCAGAUGUGGACCUGCAGCGAGAUGGAUUUUCAUCUGGCUCGUAAAAGGGUGCUUCUUCACAAAUCAACACCAACGUCCAGGGACUACAUCUCUGUCCUGGCUUGCUUUAAUGCCGCCGGGAAGGACAUUCCCCCGUUUAUUGUCUUUUCCAAAGCAUACCCGGGAGGGGUUUGUUACAAGACACAAGGACCACCACACGCCCUCUAUGGAUGGUCAGACUCGGGAUGCGUCACCUCCGACCUUUUCAAGAAGUGGUUCCUCCGACACUUCCUUGCGUACGCGCCCAAGGAGCGUCCACUGCUGCUCAUUUUUGACGGACACAAGUCGCCCGUGAACCUGGAGGUGGUGGAGGCAGCUCGUAAGGAAGACGUCCUCCUUCUGUGCCUGCCGCCUCAUUGCUCGCACAACCUGCAGCCCCUCGAUGCCGGCCUGUGUUCACUCGUCAAGCAGCGUUUUUCAGCGCUCUUAGGUGACUCGAAUGCCGCCAACGCUACUCUCUUUGCAGUCACCAAGAAGGACUUUUCGGGUGUGUUCAAGGAGGCGUAUCGGGUGGCUGAAGAGGAUGAGGGGGUCAAGAUAGUGAAGGAAAGUUUUAAGAAAUGUGGCAUUUACCCUGUGAGCCACUUUGCGGCGAAUGAGGCCUGUUUAUUGUCACCACACAGCGUGGACCCUACAGAGGGAGCAGAAUCAGGGCAGCAUGUUGUCCGAGGUCUCAAUGCUCCUGGACCCUCUCCCUAAUCUAACAACCUCUGUAUUCCAGAAUUCACACAUUAAUAUUCUAAAUAGUAUUCUGCCAUAUUUUUGUCUGUCUUCUUCUCCCACAUUUUUCAUCCGAUUAAAAAUAUUCCUCUUUGAAAACACUUAGGGCAAUGCCCCGGGUUGGCAGAAAAGCUUAAAUUGAUAUUAUAAACGGUGAAUUAUUAAUACAGUAAUACUUCAUUACCUUUUUCUAUGAGAAAUUAUGUAAAUUCAAUAAAUCUGUUCCAAAUCACAUCUUAUGGAAAAUAAUUAUAGUUUUACAUACAGAAAACAAUGCAAAAUGUGUAUGAAUGACAACUAAAAUGGAACCGUUAACGUUUGACUUAACUUUUACCGUUAUUGAAGGCUCAUGUUAGCAAAGACAGAGCGGGAGGAGGGCAGAGGGAGCAGCACAAAUGCACCUUCAUACUCUGCUACAACUUUUUCUGUUUUGAAUUCAACAGUGUUUCUCACCUUCUUUAUCAAAGUGCUGCACCCACAAGGUUCUUUUGCCCCAUCCAAUUUUUUUGAGGGGGGGGCAAUCGAUUCUGCAGAAUGAUACACGGGAAAACCGACUAGUUUAUUAGACCCAACAUUUGGCGAACAGGACUGCAUACACUGUAAUUCUGCAUUGUAACGCCGUAAUUAACUGUAAAAACAACUUCUCUGAUGUUACAGCACAUACUUGUAACUUUAUUAUAAUUAACUAUAAAAUUAUAAUUGUGAAAUUACAGCAUAUGCUUGUAAAUUUAUAGUAAUUAACUAAGAUCUCAUUGCAGUUACAGUAAAUAACUAUAGAUUUGGUCCACAGUAACUUAUCAUACAUUUGACUGUGAAAGUAAUGCAGAUAUUAGCCAGUAAUUUGCUGUGAAUUUACAAUGAAUAUUUUUAGUGUUCGAAAACCGGGGCAAACUGCACUGUGCUGUACAAAACCAAAGAGAGAACUAUUUACUUGUGUGCAGAAAAAUAAUACGUAUAGUCGGGGGGAAAUGACAGACAACUUGGAUUUGGUUGUUUUUAGUUCACUUUUUGCCCUUCAUCACAUAAUGUCUACCAAGCAUAAAGCUCUUCUGAUGGCAGUGCGUCAAAGAAAAAACAUCAUGCAUAGAGGUGAAAUAGAACAUUGUAAAAAGGUCAGAAAUGGGAGAAAUGCUGAUGAACAUUGGUCACAAGCUUGGUAUAAACUAGGGCUAUUUACCUGCCAGCCCGGGUUCAGUUCAAAACGUGGGAGACUUUUUUUUUUACAGCACAUUUCUUAAAACACUUUAGCACUUCUGUUAGAUAGAAAACAUAGAACAAUGUCCGCACAUUGGCAUAUCCUAGCAUUGACAUGUUUACCAUCUGUAGGCCUGUAUUGGGCACUUGCAUUUUACAUAACAAGGCUACUUUGUCCGGAAAUUUGUAACUCGGAUAAAAGAAAUAGCCCAAAGACAAAUGUUCACUACAGAGGGUGCUAGUUCUGAUAAUAGUAAAGGGAGAAAUCUGGCGGCCCGGUCUUUAGCUUUCUGCAAAUGUGGCUCCUACAACAAUUCAGUUGAAUAGCUCUGGUCUAAGCUGUUUGUGGCCAUCAUCAAUGAAUAUGUGAAAAUAAUAUGUUUUUCUAUGCAACUAAGCCUUGUAGUGGUGUCAUUAUUCAGACUUCCUUCUCCCAAUUAGCCUGUUUCUCUCGUCCAGUGUGCAAGAAAACCACAGGGUUAAAACUGUUCUCUUUCAUUUAAGGCACACUGUAAUUCUCACAACAUUGGCGGUUCUGGACCUAAAAAUUAUGUCUCCAGGUAAAAUCCCGCCUACCCCCAAAAUAGACACAUAAGUGACUUUAAGCUUGUUUUCUAACAAUGCUUAGCAUAUUUUGGAGUAUUCACUUUCGGCUCCAAAAUGUGUGAAUGCUCCAAAAUGUGGACGUCUGCUCGUGUCACCCACAGAAUAAAUUAAUUAAUUUGCAAUUUUAAUUUCACAUUGUCAUUAUUGGGUAUUGUGUGUAUACAAACAUUGAUGUAUUCCAUUUUGGAAUAGGGCUGUAAUGUAACAUAACAAACUGUGGGAAAAGUUAAGCACUGUGAAUAUAUUCCGGAUGCACUGCAUGUGUUUCAGUACCAUCUUCAUCCUGAAUCACAAUAUUUACAUGCACAAUUUGAAGGAAUUAUCAAAUGUCUGCCAGGUCCAUUGUUGCAGGUUGUUGCAAUACAACUAAAGAAGGAGUCAGUCUGCAUACUUUUCCAAAUAAGGAAAAUAUUAGGAAAGUAUAAUUGACUUGCACAAAACGGGACUGACCAAGCGAGAGGGGUAUAAUUUUCAGCAACCAUUUUAAUCAUUCUGACUUUAAAAAAAUGAUUUUGGUCGGAGUUUGGAUGGAAAAAAUGUAAAGAUUUAAGUCAAAUGCAAUUCCAAUAAUCAGGAGCACCCUUAAAGGGAGAAAGGCUGAGUCAGAACCUGCAUAGAAACUGUGAAGAGCAGACUCGCUGAUCAAAACAAGAGAAAAAGAAGGUAUGCCGCUUGUAUUUUAUUUUGCGUCCUCUUCUACUGAUGUUUUCCUUAAGGGUAGCAUGCCUUUUUGGUUUUGGUGAUCCAGCUGACAUCGCCCUUAAAGGAGGUUCGCACCUUGGUGGUAAGAAAGACCUGGUCUCUCUCAACAUCUGGAACACACACACACACACAUAAUUAUGCAUACUUAACAGGCCUGUCGUCAAAAAUGUUGUCAGAUUACCUUUGGACAUGCUUCAGAAAUCCUCAGGUGUUCACCCUGGUAAGAUUAGAUUUUUAAGGUUUGCACCAAAAUAUGAAAACAACUCAUUUUUCUU